AUGGAGACGAGUCCCAUCCCGGUGGUGACGGUCCAAACCUCGCCUUUUGAAGACCAGCGGCCCGGGACGGGUGGACUACGCAGGAAAACAGCCGUGUUUGAGGGGAAGAAAAACUACCUGCAGAACUACAUCCAGAGUCUGCUGUCGUCCAUUGACCUGCGGGACCGCCAGGGGUGUACCAUGGUGGUGGGCAGUGACGGGCGCCACUUCAGCCGGGUGGCCAUUGAGGUCAUUGUCCAGAUGGCAGCGGCCAACGGGAUUGGCCGUCUAGUCAUCGGACAUAACGGCCUGCUGUCCACCCCUGCUGUGUCUUGCAUCAUCAGAAAGAUCAAAGCCAUCGGUGGGAUCAUCCUCACAGCCAGCCACAACCCUGGAGGUCCGGGAGGAGACUUUGGGAUCAAGUUUAAUGUUGCAAAUGGAGGUCCUUCUCCAGACAUCGUGAUGGAGAGGAUCGCUCAGGUCAGUCGUACACUGGAGGAGUUUGCCAUCUGCCCAGACCUCCGCAUCGACCUGUCCAGACUGGGGCGCCAAGACUUUGACCUGGAAAACAAGUUCAAGCCAUUUAGAGUUGAGAUUGUGGAUUCUGUAGAAGUCUACCUUCAACUCCUACGAAACAUUUUUGACUUUGGAGCCAUUAAAAGUCUGCUCACUGGACCAGAUCAGCUCAAGCUACACAUAGACGCCAUGAAUGGAGUGAUGGGGCCUUACGUACGCAGAAUUUUGUGUGAUGAGUUGGGGGCUCCGGCCAACUCUGCUGUGAACUGUGUCCCCCUGGAGGACUUCGGUGGGCAGCCUCCAGAACCCAACCUGACGUACGCCACAGCUCUCGUGGAGGCCAUGAAGGGAGGGGAGUUUGGCUUUGGUGCAGCUUUUGAUGCCGAUGGGGACCGCUACAUGAUCCUUGGUGAGAACGGUUUCUUCGUCCACCCCUCAGACUCUCUGGCCAUCAUGGCGGCUAACCUGUCCUCCAUCCCGUACUUCAAGCAGCAGGGUGUCCGAGGCUUUGCCAGGAGUAUGCCCACCAGCACUGCUAUUGACAGGGUAGCCAAGGCAAUGAAACUGGCGCUGUACGAAACUCCCACGGGAUGGAGGUACUUUGGUAACCUGAUGGACUCCGGCCGGUGCUCGCUCUGCGGAGAGGAGAGCUUUGGGACAGGUUCUGACCACAUUCGGGAGAAGGAUGGACUGUGGUCGGUGUUGGUGUGGUUGUCUAUAAUGGCGGCUCGAAAUCAAAGCGUGGAGCAGAUCGUCCGGGAGCACUGGGCUAAGUUUGGGCGCCAUUAUGUUUGCAGAUUUGACUAUGAGGGCCUGGACCCGCGUGCAGCCUUCUACCUGAUGAAGGAUCUGGAGGGCGUGAUCUCGGACAAGGCGUUCGCGUAUCAGAAGUUUGCCGUAGGAGAUCACAUGUACAACGUAGAGAAGGCCGACAACUUUGAAUACAUCGACCCAGUGGAUGGAAGUGUGGCUCGCAACCAGGGCUUGAGGAUCAUCUUUAGUAACGCCUCUCGGUUGGUGUUCCGGCUGAGUGGUAGCGGUGGAGGAGGCGGGGCCACUGUUCGUAUUUACGCAGAGAGUUUUGAACGGGAUCCAGAGAGACACAGCCGCGAGACACAGGUGGUGCUGGGUCCUCUUAUCGCCAUCGCUUUGAAAAUCUCCAACAUCCAUGAACGGACGGGACGCCGCGGCCCCAAUAUCAUCACAUGA